CCGAGCCUCGGCCUCCGCCGCUGCCUCGGCCUCCGCCGCCGCCUCCAGAGCCCGGCAGCCACGGGCGGACGGACGGACGGACGGACGGACACACGGCCCGGCGUUUUCCCUGCGGGGGGGGGGAAGCCGUCCGGCGCGGCGUUGCGGCGCGCAGCCCCGGCGUGCGGUGUCGCGAGAGGCCUGUCUGGGACACCUCCUCGGGGAACGCUGCCCUGCGAACACCAGCCGCGGGAUUAACUGGAAGGAGGAGGAGAAGGAACCAUGUUCCAGGCCAAGGGACCCCCCAGCACGCCCCCAGCUCACGAGGCAAAGAACAACUCGGGAGGGAGCACGGUGCAGCGCUCCAAGUCCUUCAGCCUAAAGGCCCAAGUGAAGGAGACGUGCACGGCCUGUCAGAAAACCGUCUACCCCAUGGAGCGGCUCGUGGCGGAUAAACUCGUCUUCCACAACGCCUGCUUCUGCUGCAAGCACUGCCACACCAAGCUCAGCCUGGGCAGCUACGCGGCGCUCCACGGCGAGUUCUACUGCAAGCCCCACUUCCAGCAGCUCUUCAAGAGCAAAGGCAACUACGACGAGGGCUUCGGGCGCAAGCAGCACAAGGAGCUCUGGGUGCACAAGGAAGUGGAGAGCGGGACCAAGUCGGCGUGAGCGGGUCCAGCCACCCCUGCCCUGGAGCCCCGCAGAGAUGGCACAGAGCAGCGCUGAGCCAGGGGCUAAACUGAGCUGAUGUAAAGCAAAGGCCUCUUGCCCUGAUGAGAUCAGGCGGAAGCACUUUCCCCCAUGGGACCCCAGCCCCAUUCCCAAAUUUCACACCUGCAGCCAUGGAGAAGACCUGGGCGCUCCGAGCGCCGGCUCCAACCUCGCCUGCGAGGCAGAGCAGCCCUCCCCGCUCCCGUCGCGCCUCGCGGCGGCUCCGACGGGGCAGGGUCUUCGGUUUACAUCAGCUCAGUUCAGCUGGGAUCGCUCAGCCUUACGGAUGUUGCCCUGCGACUGUUCAACAGCGGCUGUUUUUUUCACAUUUGCCUUCGAUCGGUACGUUCGGCACCGGAGCCCGGCACGGCGGCUUCACGCGUGACACCGCGCCAUGUGCUCUUUUAUUUUUGUAAUACAAGGUUUUUGAACCUUC